CUCAGUGGCAGGCAGCCCUCCUGUGUAGCAGCAGCAGAAACUCAGCUGUCAGGCCUAAUGGAGGGAGAGUGGCCACAAUUGUGUAGCUGUAGAGGACACUGCAGCCCAGCCUGCCAAAUCCAUAACUUAGCCAUGGACGCAAAACCCUUCUUUGCUCCCACAAGUACCUGGACAUGAAGACAUUUCUUCAACACCACAUUGUCCUUCUCAGUCUGUUGUGUUUUUGAAGACACUGAUUCAUGUUGCUCUUGACACUUGUGCUGUCCUACAGUUGGCUUUUGGGGGGUAUAAAAUGUACUAUGAGCGCAAGGACUGAUAUGAGAAAGGGAAAGGAAAUGAGGCUGCCAAAGGAACAGUUUGUCAACCCCCCACUCUAGAUGGCCAAAUGUGAACCUUGUGAAAGAAGUUAUGACAACAUGGUGAAAAUGCUUGAGGACCUGAACAGAGACUUAGAGAAACUAUUGGAAGAUAUGGAAAAAUUAUCAGUGCAGGCUACCUGGAUGGCUUAUGAUAUGGUGGUGAUACGUGCUAACCCAGACUUGGCCAACUCAAUGAGACGGCUGGAAGAUGCCUUUCUUACCUGUAAGGAGGAAAUGGAGAAGAAUUGGCAAGAAUUGUUGAAAGAGUCUAAAGGUGCUGAACAGAAAUAGGAAUAACUGGUAUUCAAACUUUCUAGUGCAAGUCUUGGAAUAUAAGUGGCUAAUCAGAAUUUGUUUAGCAAAUAGACAUUUUUUAAAAAGUAUUUCUAUAUCAAAUGUUGAGUGAAACAGUACUGGUGCCUUUAUUUGUCUAUUCAUAUGUAAUUUACUCAUAUUUCACCAUGAUAGUGUCAACCACUGAACAUUUCAUCUAUGAAAAUAUCAUCUAGUUGUGUAUUGGUUUGUCUUUUUGUCUGUCAGAUGUUUAUUUAGAAUUUACUUUGUAAAUCUCUAAACAUUCAGAUAAAUUGCUUUAUUUAGAUAGUAAUAACUUAAAUAAGCUAUUUUGAAUAACUCA